CAAGCAGAAGAAAAGAUGUCAGAUGACGAUGAUCUGGAUGACUUUGAGCCAGACCAGGAUGAUUCUGAAAAAGAUGAUGAUGAAAAGGAGACAGAGGAGUGGGAAGAUGACAGGAAAGGAGAAGAAUACUCUGAGGAAUGGCUGCCCACCCCCCUCACGGAGGAAAUGAUGAAGGAAGGGCUUUCUUUGCUUUGUAAGACGGGCAAUGGACUGGCUCAUGCUUAUGUGAAGCUGGAGGUUAAAGAGAGGGACCUGACAGACAUCUCCUUGCUGCGCUCCUACAUCCAUCUGCGCUAUGUGGAUGUUUCUGAGAACCACUUGACAGACCUGUCUCCACUUAAUGGCCUAACCCACCUGCUCUGGCUGAAGGCUGAUGGCAAUCGGCUGCGGACUGCCCGGUUGAAUGAACUGCCUUACUUGCAGAUUGCCAGUUUUGCCUAUAACCAGAUCACUGACACUGAGGGCAUUUUUCAUCCUCGUCUGGGAAGCCUGGAUCUUAAAGGGAACCGCAUCCACCAUGUGACAGGUCUUGAUCCCCAGAAGCUGAUCAGCCUGCAUACAUUGGAGCUUCGGGGGAACCAGCUGGAAAGCACCGUGGGAAUCAACCUCCCUAAGCUGAAGAACCUCUACCUGGCCCAGAACUUGCUGAAGAAGGUGGAAGGCUUGGAGGAACUGACCGGUCUCACCACUUUGCAUCUUCGAGACAACCAGAUUGAAACUCUGAGUGGCUUCUCCGAGAAAAUGUAUUCACUGCAGUACCUCAACCUGAGGAGCAACAUGGUGACAGACCUGGCGGAGCUGGCCAAGCUUCGGGACCUGCCCAAGCUGCGAGCCUUGGUGCUGCUGGACAACCCAAUCACAGAUGAGAGUGACUACCGCCAGGAGGCCCUUGUGCAGAUGGCACAGCUUGAACGCCUUGACAAGGACUACUUUGAGGAGGAGGAGCGGGCUGAAGCCAGUGAGAUCCGUCAGAGGCUGAAAGAAGACCAGGAGCAGGAGGCUGAGCCUGAGCAUGACCCGGAGCAGGACCAGGAAGUGAUGUAGCAGCAGUUCUUCUGGCCUCCAAAGCUAG